AUGUCCGACGAGCAACAGCAGCAGAACAACAAGAGCACCGUCUUUCGCUGGCUCCUCAUCUUUCUCGUCCCGCUCAUUUUCCUCGCCAUCUGGAACUACAAGCCAGACACCACCGUCACAAAAAAAAAGGACAAAAUGUCUAUUGCCCCGCUCGUCUUUCCCGCGGCGUCUCGCCACACGGCCACCGUCAUCUUUGUCCAUGGUCUGGGCGAUACGGGCCAUGGAUGGGCUUCGGCUGUUGAGAAUUGGCGAAGGAGGCAGAGGCUCGAUGAGGUCAAGUUCAUCUUGCCUCAUGCGCCUCAGAUUCCCAUCAGUGUGAACAUGGGAAUGAGAAUGCCGGGGUGGUUUGACGUGAAGCAACUUGGCGGCGAUGUCAACACCCUCAUCCGCAGCGAGGACACAGAGGGUAUCAAGAGAAGCCAGCAGUACUUCCACAACCUGAUCCAGGAGGAGAUCGACGCCGGCAUCCCUUCGGAGCGCAUCGUCCUGGGCGGCUUCUCCCAGGGCGGCGCCAUGUCCAUCCUUUCGGGUCUGACCUGCAAGAACAAGCUCGGAGGCAUCAUCGGCAUGUCGUCGUGGCUGCUCCUCUCGCAAAGCUUCGCGGGGAUGGUGUCGCCCACCGACGCCAACCGACAGACCCCCGUCAAGAUGUUCCACGGCGACGCGGACCCCAUUGUCAAUAUUCAGCGGGGCAAGCUGAGCGUCGACCUGCUCAAGGAGCUUGGCUAUGAUGUGACUUGGAAGGUUUACCCUGGUAUGGGACAUUCUGCUUGUCUCGAGGAGCUGGACGAGGUUGAGGCUUUCCUGCGCCAGCAGCUCCCUCCCAAGAACUAG